AUGUCUGAAGAGGAGAAGAAACAAGUUCCUAAGGAAGGAGAGAUUCCACUCACAUCAGAAGGGAACAACGCCAGGAAGAUCCCCAAAUGUGAAUUCAUCGAAGAUGUAGAGACUUUUAUAGAGAAAUAUAAAGCUAAAGAGACUCUGGAAGCUAUGAAUGAGCUUUAUAGAAAAUAUCAGUUCAUGGAAUCUCAGCUAAUAGCCGGAAAGAAGAACUUGAAAAUCAAACUUCCUGAGAUUAAGAAGACUAUUGACAUGGUGAAGCUUCUGAAGGAAAAGCAUGAGGAUGAAGUAGAGAGAUUCAAUACAAACUUUUUGAUCAGUGAUAAUAUCUGGGCAAGGGCAGAGAUCAACAACUCAAGCGGGAAAGUUGGCCUUUGGCUUGGCGCCAAUGUCAUGGUUGAGCAGUCGUAUGAUGAAGCUCUAGCACUCUUAGAAAAGAAUAAUUUCAACGCCUCAAAGAAAUUAGAGUCAACUAAUGAAGAUUUGGACUAUAUCAAAGACCAGAUUACAACAAUGGAAGUAAACAUGGCUAGAGUUUAUAACCAGAACGUGGUCAAUACUAAAAAGAAAGGAGGUGAACAAGCAACUGCAUAAAGUAAACUAAUUGCUAGAAGAUAUUCUG